CGCCCGGAGCCGGGAGGGAGGAGGGAGGCGGACAGCGGCGGCUGCUCGUCUGCCCCGGAGUGUGCGGCGGACCCUCCCGCGCCCUCUCGCGCUCUGCCUCGGUCUCUGCCUGGCUACGGCCGCGGCCACCACGCUGCCCGCUCUUGCCCCUGCCUGGUUUUGCCUCUGGGUUUGUCGCUGAAGAUAUCCCAGUGAUGUCUGCAUUCAACCUGCUGCACUUGGUGACAAAGAGCCAGCCAGUGGCCCUGCGAGCCUGUGGGCUUCCCUCAGGGUCAUGUAGGGAUAAAAAGAACUGUAAGGUGGUCUUUUCCCAGCAGGAACUGAGGAAGCGGCUGACACCCCUGCAAUACCAUGUUACCCAGGAGAAAGGGACCGAAAGUGCCUUUGAAGGGGAAUAUACACACCACAAAGACCCUGGGAUAUAUAAAUGUGUUGUCUGUGGGACUCCAUUGUUCAAGUCAGAAACCAAAUUUGACUCUGGUUCAGGUUGGCCUUCCUUUCAUGACGUGAUCAGCUCUGAGGCCAUCGAGCUCACAGACGAUUUUUCCUAUGGGAUGCACAGGGUGGAGACAAGCUGUUCUCAGUGUGGUGCUCAUCUUGGGCACAUCUUUGACGAUGGACCUCGCCCGACCGGCAAAAGAUACUGCAUCAAUUCGGCCUCCUUGUCUUUCACCCCCACAGACAGCGGUGAGGCAGAAGGAGGCGGUGGCAGACCGAGCAGCAGCCCAGCAUCAGCGGACAGAGCAGAGCUGUAGAAUCGGGGAGAGUGGGGGAAACCAAGUGUUCUUAAUGCACAGCUGAUUGAAAACAAAAACAAACAAAAAAUUCAAACCAAAAAAAAAAAGGUUUUUCUUAACAGAGGUAUAUUUUCAGAAGCUAUAAGGGCAGCUUGUGCUAUUGAAAUCGUUCUCUCUCUCUCUCUCUCUCUCUCUCUCUCUCUCUCUCUCUCUCUCUCUCUCUCCCAGGAGUUCUGCCCAUUCAUGUAUUCUACUGUUGACUAGGUAAAGAACUGUGUGUAGGCCUUGCAAAUGGAGGCAGCUCUGUGGCCUUCUUUCACAAGCUUCUAAGUAGCCUUGGUGUUGUUUUCUCUGGGCACAGACCUCCCUUCAAUUUUGUUGUGGGUUCUCUCUCCCCUUUUGACUAAGAGCUGGAAGCUGUUUGAUCUCCUAAGGGGGAAUCAGAGAGCUGGUGCCCAGGGGCAGGGAGCAGAGCUGGAGAAGGCAGGGCAUCCAGACAUGUGGCCUUAUGAUAAAGAUGGAGUGAUGUCUUAGAUUUCUGGUCUCUGCCGAAAGUCUGAGCUAAGGUUUUUUUCUCACUGAAAGGGUGUGAAGGUUUAAAGUUGUUCCUUAUGUUAGAUUGUUACCAGAUCUGAGAGGGCUCUCUGAGGGUUGCCGCAGAGACGUAAACAUUACCUCGUGGGCAGGUCUUUAUUUUAUAUUACUUUCCAUUGAAAACAGUGGAAUGUAAGACAACUGUAAAAUGCUGCCCCCCCCUCAUGUCCAAAGCUCACAAGGAAGACCGCCUGCCUGUUGCCUUUGUGAGCCUUUCUCUCUACACCUUGUGAGAACUACAUCUGGGUGAGCAUUUUGGAAGAUUCCCCAGUGCAAAAUAAAAUAUUAGGGACAACAUACUUCAUCAAUGGGGCAGAAAAGAGAAAGAUCAGAGAAGACCAAGUCUUCUUGAAGUCUCAAAUACUAAAUAAUCCCAUGCUGUGAAAAAUCUUACAGGUAUCACACCUAACCCUAAUUCCUACACAGCAACAGGAUGCCUGUGGAAAGAUUGGGCAUUCAGACAGAAGAGUCAAGGUCAAGUUCCACACUUCACUGUGUGUACAAGGGACAAGCCAUUUAACCUCACUGUGCCUAUAUCUUCAUAUACACAAUAGGACUCUUAUAAGAUAUAUUGGUAUUCUCAGGGCAAAAUUACUAUAUCACUAUACAAUUUAGAUCAGUGCUGUAAAAUCACACUGCUCUGGUUUAAUCACCUCAGAGGCCACAGAGCAGGUGUCCUCAAAGGGAAGACGCAGAGGGACCAAAAGCCAGACUUUUUUCUCGUAGCAAAAUGGCAGGUUUUGCUUGUGAGGCUCUGCGUGGUUGCCUGAGAUUUUCACAGAGCUGAACAAGGGAGAUAGUCGUUAAUAGCGCUGUAACCAGGGUGAGUAUCGUGUCUCACAAAUAAGCAUCGUGAUUUUGAACACUGAUCCUGAAAUUCACCUUUAAAAGAUAUUUAUGUCUCUAAUUUUUUUUUUUUAAUGAAGACUGGCAUCUUUCCUCAUAAGCGCUAAAGACAAAUGGUGAGAAGGGACAUUCAACACUUGUAGACACAAUGGGGAGUGAGCACAGAGAGCUGGACAAGCGAAGGUGAGAACCAUGUCUGGAAGCUUCUGGGCUUCUCCAGGGUUCCUCCCGGAGAUCCUGGCAUUCUGGUGAGUCUUCAUCACCACACGGUUCUAGAGACACCCAUGCUCUUAACAUGGACACACAGGAAAGUGAAGGAAUAUUAGUCCCCACCCAACCAAGCCUGGGACCACUUUGGAUUUCACAGGCUUUGCUCUUCUCUAGAAACAAGAGGAAAUUUUAACCCAGGGCAUCCAGACCACUGUAGGAGUCUUUGCAGCACCGUGAAUGAUCCCAUGUGCGGUGGCUAAGGACAGACACGGGUCUCACGUGGCAUUGGUACAGCAUGACAUCCAUCCUUCAGAGACACACACAUCCCUUCCUGCACACUCCCAUCUGUGUGGUGGCCUCCCCAGGGCUCCUUGGAUAUGAGCCCUAGUGUUGGAGGAGACAAAGAAAAUAAUUCAGGAGUUUCUUCCUCCCCAGAGACUUGGGCUGUUGCUCUUCCUUCAUUUUUACAGUACUAUAGCAUUAAACACACACACACACACACACACACACACACACAGGAACCCUGCUUUCUAACUUUUACUGUUUUGCUUUUUAAAUAAAAUCCAGCUUUUUCCAGCACCAACUUUUAAAAAAUAUAUAUAAUAUCCAUUGAAAGAGAAAAGAAAGGAAAGAAGAAAGAUAUGUGCACUUGGUUUAAUUCCAGAUUGCUUUUUGGGCUUAAGUGGUAUCAGAUUUCAUUAUAUUUCUGUCUUAUGUUAAAGAAAUAUAUUGCUAAAAUGUCAGUGAGCAAUAAUAUCAGCCAUCAAGCGCCAGAUCUACUGUCAAAGGAUAUGACGUGCAGGGAACAGAGGCAGUAUGGCGAGGUGCAUGUGAUCCAUGGGAAUUCUGUGCUUUAACACAAGGGACACACUGGCUUCUCUGUCCCCAUUCCCAGCUCCCACUGCAAUGCAGGGCAAUGCAGAGAUGUGCUGGAAGGCAGGAAGUGUCUCCAUAUGAGCAUGCCGAAGAGACUGGAAGGAGGCGGCAGCAUAAGUUGUAUUCAUGUACUCAAACUUUUCACUUUUGUGUAUUUAAACUCUCAACGCAAAUGACGUAGCAAUGGGGGACAGAGCCUCCCUGUGUUGUUUAAAAUGCCUUGCUUUCAAUAUGAGAAGCCAAGAGAGCUAGUACCAUUUGUUUUGAAGGCUGUGUAUGACUCUUGACUUAGAGCGCUUUUUAACAACUUUUCUCCCAGUAAUUUAAAACUUUUGGAAAGUGACAUGAAACCUUCAUUGAAAGGCCUUUUCCUAUAUUUGUUGUAUACAGAAAUUAGGUAAUAAAGUUUCUUUAUAAGA